CAUUAUUAUACAUUGGCAUAUUUGCCGUGAUGCAUUGCCAUGUAUUGCAUGAUACAUCAUUAUGAUUCGCAUUACGCUGUAUCCAUUCGUUGUGUGACUCUAUACAUUAGGAUGGAUGCCAUUAUGCAGCUUCAAGUGUCGCAUUAUGUGUUGUUAUAUUUUCCAUAUAGUAAUUGUUUGACACUAUAUGGAUAUUUAAUGGUAGUGGUGGCAAGAGCAGGGUUAGUGACGGCAUGGGAGCUGCCGGCAACGACAGUGGCGGAAGGGGUGCCGCCGGUAGGGACAAUGGAGGUAGGGGCAGUGCUGGUGGCAGCGAUAGUGGCGGCGACUGCCACAACAAGGGUGCUGCAAGUGGCGGAAAGGGGGCCAUUGUCGGGGAUAAUGGAGGCAUAGACGCGACAGCCAGCUGGGGCAUCGCUAACAACGAUUGUGGCGAUGGCAACAGUGGCAAUGGCGGCGGGGUGGGUGGCAGCGACGGCGGAAACAGUGGUAGUCCAAGCAGGAGUGGCAACAAAAGCGGGAAAGUGUCAGUGAAGGAGAUCGAAAAGGAAGAAAAGUUUGGCCGAUUGUGGCCGUCUCAAGGAAACCAAAGAGAUCUGGAAGGAAACAAAAGUGUCGGCCAAAAUCGAAUCAAAGAGGAGAUUUGCCGCUCCUAUUUUGGGUGUAUAAGUUGAGACUCUUAUUUUGGAAUAUGUCUAAUGAUUUAGUACUAUUUAGAGGGGUUUCUUUAAAAAAAUACGAAUACUUUUCAUAUUUUUAAAACUUAUUUCUAAACUUUCCGUAGUUACAAAACGUUGUACUCAUACCCUCUCUGAUCAUUUUUCGACCAUUUUCUAGUGAAGACGGAGAUAUUGAUGUCUUUUUUCCAAACCAUAAAAGACACUGGUGCUC